AUUUGAUACUAUGGGGUGUCUACUACUCAGUGCAUUGCUGUCUGCUCUAGUCAUCAGCAUAUAUAUAUAUAUACAUAUAUGUACAUGUAAACAUAUUUGUAUACGUUCAGAACAAACUACAACAUGCGUUGCUUCGUACUGUUCAUCUCAUUUUCCAUUCUUCUUCAUGUUCAACAAUCCACACAGGACGACUUGAGGUAUAUCAAACACAAAUUAUCGUGGAUAAAAAAAAGAUUAACUCGAAAUGCAGAAAGUUUGAAGGAGAACAAUGCGACUAUGGCGGAUCUAACGAAAGUAAUACCAAACCAAAUAGAAGACGUCAAUAUUAGAUUGUCACCUGGCCAACUGUCUAUUGAUAAAUAUAUUGCUUGCAAAAUAAAACAAAUAGAAGGGCGAAUUGGAAUCAGUCUAAUGCAAGAUCUGGUGGAAACUAUUCAGACAGAAGAGAAGAAUUUCGGAUUUAUUCCUGCUGACAUAGCGAAAAUGAAGCAGUGCUUUCAGAAUAAGACAAAGAAAUAUGAAGAAAUGGCCAAAACUUAUGACCAGAAUAGUUGUGCGCGUGAUAAUUCGUAUGCCGUUAUUAGCGAAGCUCAUCCUGUGGGUAAUCAAAUCCACAGAUUGUACUAUCAAAUCGCGGAACAAGCCAAAAGCACAUGUAAGUAAUACACACACAUAAAAUGAUUUUAGAGUAUGCUAUGACGUGACAUUCAGAUACAAUGUUUUAUACUACAAUCCGGGAAUAAAUCAUAUUAACAAUCUAUUAUUCGUGAAUAGAAUUAUUUAAAAUAGAAGAAGUAUGUAUUUAUCUCAAAGUAAUUUUAUUCACUGGAUGACAUGGAAUGAAGAGCAGAUAGAAAAGUGUCCCUUUCAAGUUUGAAACUUAUCAGAAUUGUGUACCCAUUGGCUAAUGCGAGAUCGACCUCGUGAUACUUAGCUCUGAAGCUGGAACAUUGAAACCCUGAGCUUAUGAGUUUCAAGGUUAGUUGAUGUUUGGUAAAGAAUGACUAUUGCAAAUAAUACGCGAAUGAAAUGUAAACCGUUGGCAUCACCAUUGGACAGAGCAUAGGAUGACGGUCGAAUCUCAUCUCACCUUCAUUGAAUUCGAAUAGACCUUACAUAGCGCUGACUGCGAAGUGAUGUGAAAACUGCUUCAAAACGAUGAAGUGCCUCGAACCUUCACUAAACUCAUUCAACAGAUAUGUGACUACUGCACAUGUGAGGUGAUGCAAAAGUGAGAGUUGUUUGAGGCCAUCUAGGUGAAGACAGGAGUAAAGUGAGCCUGAGGAGACCGUUGAGUGACACGACACGCCAGGCCAUCGCCCGAGUGAAAUUUCCAAUGGAAAAUGACAAGUUGAGUGUUCGAGUGUGACAUGGGGGAGAUGAAAUCUUAUGGGUAAUCGUGAGACCAGACAAAGAGGAACACAUGAAGGGUAGUGGUAAUGAAUUACACAAUGUAAUACUCCUUCUUGUCCAUAACGUUUAAAAAUGUUUGUCACAAUCUCGUGUGGCCAAUUCAUCAUCAGUUUUAAAGUUGAAAGGAAAUUACUUAUGGGGAUAUCAAAGGAACUGGAGAAAAUGAUACCAGCAGAAUAACUGCAUCACUUGGAAAUUGUUAUUUCCUAUCAUCACCAAAUGACUUUUGAGAGGAAACAGUGUUGAGCGACAAGUUCUUACCUUGAAAAUAAACACAUUCUUUGACUAUUAUUAAUAUUUUUUUUUUAAUGUUGGUAUUAAUUUCACUGUAACCAUUCACUUCCUCUGAAAUGAUGCUCUUUUAAUUUAUUGUGUAACAAUUAACGUUUGAAAUAUUUAGGUGUGAAUGCGAAAUAAUAAAAGCCUGUAACUAUCAA